AUGAGAAAUAGACAGACAGUCGGGGUAAGCCGACUAUCAUCAUGUAACCGCCUACCGGAGGAUACAUGGGAAAUUACUUUUCAGAGGGAGGGGAAGGUCAUUAUAGGGAAGAAGUUCAAGGAAUGCAGGUUGAGGAGGCCUGCAGUUGAUGCGGCUGGACGGGGGUUACUACCCGACUCCCGUCCGCGCCUUCACUGCCAAGUUAUUGCGAUUGAACGUAUACCAGCUGAGUUGCGUCCCACGAAGCACCCGUGUAACGAGUCCCUCGAGAAGACCUCGGCUCAGCCCAAGCGAUCUGAGAUCCCGGAAGCUUUCGGGAACCCAGACGCCACGCCAGGUUAG